AUGCCCAGGUCUUCGACUCUCCAGGCUUCCACUCCAACCUCUCCUCAGUCCGCAGCCUCGGCUCUCGCCGCCUACAGGCAGAAAAUCCUAGACCGCCUCCCCGUCUUCGUCUCGGCCAGCUACCACGACGCCAUCCGCGACGUCAUCCAGGCGCAGGUAGACGCCCCGAACCUCGACUGCCGGCUCCGCUGGGUCGUUGAGGUCGCCUACCACAACAAUACUGAGCCCAUGUCCCACGAGGUCGUCACCCUCUGCUACCCUUGCUGCUCUCUCGCUCGCUUUGGGAGAAGGAACACGUCGCGUCUUAACUCCCUCGUCGAGAGCCUCAGCCUCAAGAAGUUCGCCAGACCCAACGCCGCCGCUUCCAUCCCUGGAGACCCCGGCUCGUUCUACGUGGGUCCUCUCCCACUCGCCUCCGCCUCGCCCUUCUCCCUCGGCAUCCCGGACACCAGGAACGCCCCCGCCCCCGCAAACAUCCCGGGCAACACCUUCGAGAACCACUGGACCGUCGCCGAGAAGGCCUCCAACACGCGCAUCGCCGAGCAUCACCAGCAGACCCGCGACAAACCCCGCCAGGCCGCCGCCCGACAGCCUCUCGAGGACGACGGCGCCGGGAUUAGAGACUUGGCUGCCUACGUCGCCGAGUCCCACGGCCUCGUCGCUCGCGUCCGACUCAGAGCAACGCCUGACCCCGACGACCACCGUGAAGACCGAGCGGGAGCAAUAGCUGCAGGAGGCAGCAGCAGCAGGAGGCAGAGAAAGUUGAGGUCUCGGUGGCAAGUGGAAUGA